AUGACCGACUCCGUUAGUGCAACAAAUAGGUACGAACAGAGCCAACAGGAAAUGGAAAGUGGCGAAGUAGAAAUUGUGGAUUCUGGUCGGGUCAUUGAUGAAUUGGAUGAAGCACUGAUGCAAAUUGGUGACGCCACUGGCAGUGAACAACAAUAUGAUGAAAGAAUGCAUCAGCAAAGAAAACAAGGUGAUACAGUACAGCAAGAUGUCGAUUUACAUAUGAAUGUUAGCGAAGAGGUGAUUGUCGAAACGGAAGAAAGCCAUCCGGCAAUGUCUCCAACUCCGGGGAGUGAUGUAGGCGAUAUGGAAGAAUGCAUAAAUGAUGAGGAUGGCCUAUACAGUGACGAUGAAGACCACUCAGACAUGUUUGCUGACCGAGAAGUGGAUCAAGUUAUCAGAGAUCCGGUGACUGGAGAGAUAAGCUUAACAAUGGAUUUGGAAGAUCUCGUGUCUCGGACGAUAACUUUUGAUAAUGGUGAAAGAAUUAUCUUAUGUUUUUCAAAGCGAUGUCGUCCGCAAAUAGCCUGGAAUGGGCAUCUUUACGUUGCAGCAUCUGAUUUAAGCGAAGUCAGUUAUACGAAAUGGCGUUGUGUAAAUGAAGGAUGUCCUGGUGCUUUACGGACAUCUCCUGGACUGACCGAAUUACGUUCCUCUGGACAUCAUCAUUUAACUACAUGUAAACCAGAUGACUUGCGAGUACGUCUGCGCAUUGUUAUUUAUGACCUACGUUUGAUGGCUGAAUUUACAGACGAUCCACUAGAAGAUCUUUAUAGUCAUUUUGUUGAAAAGCUAGCUGCUGAAAAUCCAGAUGUUUUGGCUUUAUUUCCCCCUCUGGAUACAUUAGUAAAAAGACUUACAAAACAUCGAGAAUACAAGGUAUAUCGUCGUCGAUUUGAAUAUGAAAAAAUAAUGGCGGAGCGGCGUCGGGGUUUACAUUCUAAAGAUUCAGACUGCACUCCUGGAAUGCUUCGAAGAAUGCGUCCAUUCCCGCCGUCGGUAUGUAUUGAGUGCGGUAUAUCAAUUGUAACGGAUGCGGAUACCACAUCUCAAGAAAAUUUUGUGGAUCAUGUGUCGCAGGAUCAUCAAAGAGAAGCAACAUGUCAAUAUUAUUCUUUCCCUGGAGUGCAUCUUUUUGAGCAGUGGAUGCGUGAGCUGCAGCAACGUAGCCGAUACAAAAUUCGACGUUUUUCAAUGCAUAAUGAAAGCUUAUUUUUCCUUUGUGCUGCAGACGAUCGAUGGUGUCGAACUUAUGGCGUUAAUUCUGAUGGUCUUCAUUGUACUGCAUUUGUUCGAGUCUACGAUUACAGAAGGGUUUCGCGGCAAGAAACUCGGGUUUUGCGGAUACAGUACUGCCUGGAUCAUAAUUUCCAUAGCGAUGAGGACGCAACAGUUGAUGCUCCAUUUACUCCAGAAAUUUUCAUGCAUGAAGUGGAGGAAAGGCGUUUACGAACUGCUGGCAUGGUGAAAAGUCAUGCACAACGCGCGCGCCUUUUGAGACGAAGAGGUGAAAUGGGAAGUGAAAUUAUGUCAGAAAAUGGCGGUGGAUGGUCUGAAGAAGGAGUCAGAGAAGAUGACUCAAAUUUGCAAGAAUUAGAUACCUAUGCAUCUGAUGUCGCCAAGCGCACAACACAUAUGCGCAAUGAUGAUUCUGCGUCAGUAGUCGAAUUUGCUGAAGGACCUGAUACCGAACACGACGGGCAGGAGGAUACAGUUGGUGGUGAAGGCGAACGAAAUGUUGGCUAUGGUAUCGAAGGCAGUGAGGAAGGUGUCGGACAAGAAGAACAAUUGGGAGAUAAUGCUGCAUCGAAACUGAAGCGAGUAAACUUGCAAAGACCAAGAUUUAUGGGAAGAACUGUCAAAUCAGACUACGAUGAAAAACGAGAAGUGGCAAAUUUGGUUGAACAGUGCAAUCGUCGAGUUAGUGAAAGCCGUUCAAUACGUUCCAUUGAAAGUAGAGAAAUUCAAAGUAGUAGUGGCCAACCGCAUUAUGUUACUCAUCGAUCAAAUUUUUCCAGCUAUACACUUUAUAAUUUGGUUAUGCAAAUUGAAUUGCAGUGUGAGCUUUUCAAAGAACGUGCCCAAUCUUUGAAACAUAUUGUGGCAGCGAAAAAAUAUCUAAAAUACCUCACAUCUCUCUGUGAUAACAUUGCUACUGAUCCAGAGUGUAAUAAACCUGUAGAGGAGUUGGCGGCUGACAUUUUUGAUUUGAAAGAAAUUGUAAACAGUGGAAUAGUAGUUACCAAGCAGACGAGCUUGCUUCCAACAUUAAGCUUUGGAAGUGGCGAUGAAGGUAGUAAUUCAUUACAACAGCGUGAUGGAAAAAGUGAAUCGGAAACGCAACCGCUUAUCUUUCUUCCAGUGGUACCCGCGAGAAGCACAUCCGAAGAAUUAGAAAAAAUGACAGUUGAUGAAGAAGCAGGAUUGGAUGUUACAGAACAGUCUGAAAUAGCGGAUUCACAACCAAAUUUGAGAAGAUCAAAACGUGGAAAAGGAAAGGACGAAACCGAUACAUCUUUUGAAAUAAAGAAAGGAAGAAAAGCUCCCUUAAUUACGAUUUCAAAAGCAGAUACAUCCAUAAGAGAACCAUAUCAAACAAGAAGAAGUCGUGGUGUCGUGAAGCCGAACACCAAGGGAGUUUUUGACAAAUCGACAUAUGUUGGAGGAAUGGAGGCAACUUCUGCAGAAGGAGAUGAAGCAAUGAAAUCUGUAGAAUCCCGCGAAGCUUAUACAUUACGGCGAAUACCGUUUAGUGGGCAAAAUUCAAAAUUGAAACUCGCUGGACGUACUAUGCAACUUGAUGCGGAAUCGGAAGAACUAACUGGAAAACCGAUGACUUUGAGAACUGCAACUGGAAAUUUGGUCACAGUAAUGCGGCGGUUUGAUGGCCGUUUGAUUAUGGUUUCACCCAGAGUAUUGGUUCAGAAAGAAUCGAAAACACCCACAAUUGAAGAAACUCAAAGAGAAACGAGGUCGAAAAGUACACGAAAUACAGCACUUGGCAAAAAGGUACCAAAGGCAGAACAAAUAAAAGAAGAAGAAGAAGAAGAGGGAAAGGAGACGAAGUCACAAAGGACAACAAGAUCCUCAGAAAAGCGUUCAGUCUACUCAAAAUAUUUAAAGAAAGAUAAAGAUCGACGUGAUGAAAAGAGCGCUAAUUCAAACUUAUCAGAAAGAGGAAAAGGAAAGGAUGUGGGUAAUGAAAAAACAAGUUUGGAAGAAGCGGAAUCUGUCAAACAGGAAACCACGCAAGAAGUAGAGACUAGCUCGAGAAAAUUUGUAAGAAAGCAGUUAAGUGAAAAUGAUGUAAUCGUUAUGGACGAUGAGACAUUCUCAGCUGUUGUAAAAGAUAUAAGCAUGGAAAGUCCUGAUUGUGUUAGUGGAAGUGAAAGCCGGCGAAGUCGAUCAAAGAAAAAGGAUGAUGAAGAACCAACAGGACUGGUUACUGAUGCUUUUAGAGCUAAUAAAACAGGGGAGAGUAAAAAAUAA